AGACAGACCCAAGAGGUUCUGGAUACGGAUUGGCUUGCUUUUAAUACAGUACAGACUGCUGCAGUUAACGGGCUUGGCAAAUAUCCCCUGGGGUGUCAACAAGGAGCCCAUCCAAUGGCCGCACUUUCUUUGUGCUGAUGGUCACAGAAAACAGGUAUUGUUAGCGGGCGCAAGAUCCGUAAGUGUGUGACACAAGAUCUCUCAUUGCGUAAGUAUAUGGUCUGGGUGUAUCUCACCCCUGACAAUAGAGAGUAGCUUUUGACAACACUGAUCAGUGCAGUCCUAAUGUAGAGUUACUCCAGUCUAAGCCCAUUGAUCUCAGUAGGCUGGAGUAAGUCUGCAUAGGGUUGUGCUUUGAAUUAUAUUGGCAAGGAGGAAUGCAACCUACAGUUCUGGAAAAUCAACAGAAAGAGGGAAAGAAGAGGCAGGCCCCAGCAGCAUCCCUGUUGAAGUUUCUUCAAAGGCCAAAUCUACAAAAUGGCUGUUCACGCCCCAACCUGUAUUGUAUUACUUCUUGGCUCAGAAUUCUAUUAAUGCUGAGGCCGGAGGUGAGGUGUGUGUGUGUGUGUGGGCGGGGUUAUAACUCUUCUACAUGAGAGAAGCAACAGUGCCUUUUAAAAAAAACCCAAACCUCUCUGAGCCAUUAAAAAGCUCAUUUGUUUGUAGCCAUCUUUACUCUGGACAGCAUUUUGGGUUGCAAGAAUAUUGCAGAUAGGUAGCCUUGUUGGUAUGCAGUAGAACAGCAGUGGCACCUUAGAGACCAACAAGGUUUUUAGUGAACUUUCGAGAGUUAAUGCCCCCUUCUUCAGUUAUCUGAAAAAGGGAGCUUUGAUGCUCGAAAGAAUAUUGCAUUAUCCCAGCAAAAUGGUCUGUCAUGGUGCAUCAGUGCAUCAGUGUUGAUGGUGCAGCGGUCAUUGGAGAGCACCCAUAUCAUCAACAUUUAAUUUAAGUUGCAUACACAUACCUCUUUUUUUUAAAAUGGGGAACGCGACCAGAUUAUCUACUGCAGCAAAGCUAUGUCACCCAUUUGAUUAUGUGGGGAAGAGAUUGAUGUUGGAUAAGGCUAGUAUAAAAAUAAGAUCUGUAAUAGCAAUAAUAUUAUUAAUACUAGAUGUAAUAAUAUAUAGCAGUGUCUAUAUGGUACUUUUUCUAAAUGUUCAAAAUACUUCACACUCAUCACCUUAGACGUUCUUACAACAUCCAUGCAACGGAGGGAAGCAAUAUUACUUUUACAUUUCCGACGGCAAGGUAGAAAGUGCUGGGCUUAGAAACAGCAGUUUCAUUCUGGCCCCUUAUUUUAUGCUGAACUGAGAUUUUGAACCAGAGAUCUCCCAACAAACAUUACACUCCUGCAGUUAAUGUACUUUUCUUUCCUCUGGAAGGUCUGCAAAGAGAUUUUUUUAAAAAAAAAUCAGGCUUCAUAUGCAAAGGAACUGGAACAAGAGAUCCAGUGACAGGUCCUGACUGUCACAGUGACACAGUCUCAUUUCUAGUCCAGUCUUCCAAAGUUAUGAUGAAAUAUGGUUGUAGUCAUGAUGAAAUGCUUUCCUUGUAUUUUUAUCUUCCAUAAGUAGUCAGAUGUUCAGAGAAGCCUCUGCAACAUUUGUUUCCUCCAGAGGAAUAGGCCACCGGAGAAUCUUCAAGUAUGGAUAAAAGUACCUGUAUGUUUUUUCCGGUUGAGGCAAACAGAAUCUGACGGGGCCAUUUUAGGUCAGGAAAAUUGCAUGGGAGUAGAGGCUUCAACCUUGCCAUCCCCUCAUGUGACAGUCCUAAUUUGUAUCAGGUCCCUGCAGGCAUGAUGGAUACGGAAUACCCAGUAUAUUGUCUACUUUGGUCCUAAGUUAUUAGCUGAGAGAGAUAAUAUUAGUCUCCCGGUAAAGAUGACAUUGGCCUUAGAGCACCCAAAAUGUGCUUCUCUAGUUUUUUGACAUCUUCACUGUGAGACCAUAAUGAUGGCCACUAACUUAGAUAAUGUUUAAUAGAGACAAUUUCAUAAUGGAUAUGUCUACCAACUGUUUUUAUCCAUGAUAGUUAGAUGGAAGGUCCAAGUGCAGAGCAAUAUAUCUGAAUACCAGGUGUGGAGAACCAGCAGUAGGAGGGAAGUCAGUCUUAAAGCUGUCUUCAGAUCACUUAGAGACACCUGAACAGGUCUUCUGUGCCCAGAUGGGAGAGAGUGUUCUGAAUUAAUCAAACCAAAUUUAGUUGGAUCAAGUUGCUUUGUGGAGUACAUGUAUUUUGCAAUGACAACCUGCAGGUGAGCUUGGCGACACAUAGAGCAUGUAGUGCUUGGGAACACCUUUCAUUGGGAGAGGGGGCAACGAUGUUGUGCUCUGUGUAAGAGCUUCCUGGAGACAUCUGGGUUGAGAUUCUGUGGAAAAACAGGAUGCUGGGAUACAUGGAGCCCUCAUCUGGCAUAAAAAUAAGAUCUGCAGUAGUCCAAGCUCUGGAGUUCAGUAGUGAUUAAUUGGUCGUUCCUACAAAGGCUUCUUGUUUAUGAGCAGGUGUGAAGAUGGGGACAGCCCAUGGCCAGAAGGAAAAUAGAUUUUAAGAAAAUUAUGGCAACAGACCUUCUAUGCUACCACUUCAGGGAAGCACCAUUAAGAAUAAGUAUCGGGUGGCCCAAAGGUUGUAUGAUCUUAUAUAAUCUGUUUUCUUUACUACCAUUUGUGUUUUUCUUCUAUGGAAUGUGAACGAAUUCUGCUGGUGGCCUAGUUCUUUUGUGAAAGAGACCUGAUCCAGUUCAACGUGCAGGUUUUUGUAUCGCAGCUAAAAUAUCUGAUGGAUUCUUUUACCUUUCCUACAGAUAUUCAAACGCCUGGAAGUGUGCCUUACAUGAAAGCAUCAGGCAAAGAAGCAAAAAUCCUGAAGGCCCGUCAUGAUGUGAAGCCCAGAGAUGAGCAGUAACUACUGCAACAACGUGUCAGUGAGCAUGAGCGUCAACGAGGUGUCCACCUAUCCCUUGACUCUGGAACAAAAAACCGGCUUUGCCUUUGUAGGGAUCCUGUGUGUCUUCUUGGGACUUCUGAUUAUCAGAUGCUUCAAAAUUUUAUUAGACCCUUACAGCAGCAUGCCGUCUUCCACCUGGGAGGAUGAGGUUGAAGGGCUGGAUAAGGGGACGUUUGAAUAUGCUCUUGCAUGAAAAACCCCGAAGAAGUAAUCCUGCCUUAACUCUGAUGUUUUUCAUUUUGGAAAAAAAAUCCUACUAAGGAGACGUUUGUAAUAGAUAUGUAUGUUUUAAAGAUACGGCGAUAGCAUCUUUUUCUUUUUUUGUUAAAUAAAUCUUUGCUUUAGACUCAUAAAA